ACACGCAUGCUUUCGCGUCAGUAACUAGCCGUGACCUCGCCCGAGCAGACGUAUUACACACAAGGCCAUGGCGCUGUGGCAGACUAGUGAAUUAAAUCAAGUUAUUGUUAAGUGACUGUUUAUUUAUAUCUCAACUUUGAUAUUACGGUAGUUAAUCGCUUCUGGACUUUGUUAUCAUUUAUUACAAGUUAUAUCUAUCAAACUACAGUUAUUUACUUUAUUAUUAUUGUUAUCAGUAUUCAGUAUCCCGUCGCGCCGGCCGUCAGUGGUUGUCGUCAUGACUGACUCAAAUAAAAGGUGAAUUGGGCAGCAGGUAGUCAAGUGAAGUGAACUAUGUGAUACUUUGUAGAGCACGGCUCGGAAUAACAACAAAAAUGAAAGGUGCAAAGAACAUAAUGCUGUUAGCGUUUAUCGCUAUGAAUGUGCUGGAGCAGCCGGCGCCUGAAGUAAGGAUAGAGCAAGGCAUCGUCCGCGGGAUGAUCAGCGGGGACGGCACCGUGCAUGAGUACAUGGGGAUACCUUAUGCUACUGUUGGAGAGAAACGGUUUCAAGCACCACUGCCCCCUCCGUCGUGGGAGGGAGUGUACAACGCUGUAGACGAGCACUACACGUGCGCUCACGGCUCUCUGUUUGGUCUCCUGGAGCUCGGGAUGACGGAGUGCCUCAUAGUGAACGUGUUCGCGCCGGCGCAGCGCCGCGGCCCGCUGCCCGUGAUGGUCUACAUCCACGGCGGAGCCUUCGUCCUGGGCAGCGCGGACAAGAUGCUGUACAACCCCGGGUUCCUGGUCCAGCAUGACGUCAUCGUGGUGUCGUUCAACUACCGGCUGGGCGCGCGCGGCUUCCUCUGCCUCGGCAUCGAGGAGGCGCCGGGGAACGCCGGCCUGAAGGACCAGGUCGCGGCUCUCAGAUGGGUCAAGAAAAACAUAGCAGCGUUCGGUGGAGACCCUGACAACGUGACGUUAUUCGGGCAGAGUGCCGGCGGCACCUCCGCUAGCCUGCUCGUGCAAAGCGAUGCUACCAACGGCUUGUUCAAUCGAGCCAUCAUAAUGAGCGGGUCCUCUAUAUCUAGCUGGACGAUCAAUUCAGACCCAGUCUGGGUUGCGAGUCUCAUCGCUAAAGCUUUAGGGUAUCCCGAGACAAGAAACCCUCAUGAACUAUAUGAAAUAUUUUCUAAAGUACCGCUUACAGAUUUGGCUAAGGUAAAGGCAAAAAAGCCAUUCGACCGGUAUCUUGAAACAGAAUUAAUGUAUUUACCGUGUGUUGAAAAGCGUCUGCCAGGAGUAGAGGCAAUCAUUCCCGAUGUUCCCUAUAAGAUGGCAACAUCUCCUGCCAGGAAAAAUAUAUCAAUCAUGCACGGUACCACUGACAGGGAAGGUAUAUUUUUAAUCGCUUUAGAAAACGAGGAACGGAUGAGUGAGAGGAACCGAGGGUACAUGUUCGCGUCAGACCUAGAGUUCGAAUCCGAAGAACAGGCUUCAACCGAAUCUAAAAGAGUUAACAAAUACUACUUCGGCGAUGAUCCGAUAAGCAUGAAGAAGAUACUGAAUGUGUCGGAGCUGUAUACGGAUUACUAUUUUGAAAUACAGAGUAUACUGGAGAGCGAGAUAUUCCUGGAGACGUCGGACCAGCCGGUGUUCAACUACCACUACAAGUACUCCGGCAGUCGCAACUUCGUGAAGUACUUGAGCGGCUACCGCGGUGCGCCGGGCGCGUGCCACGGUGAUGAACUCCUGUAUCUGUUCAACGGCUGGCUGUGGCCAUUCCCCAUCAAUAACGAUGAUAGAACUGUAAUUUAUAGGUUAACGAGAAUGUGGACCAACUUCGCAAAGUAUGGGUACGUAAACUACGAGUACAUAGUGAACAUUAAUAUUAUUAGAUUUAUGUUUUUGUAUCCGUAG